AUGAUACUCGACAACGUAAUAGAUAGAGAGUUCCAAAUGAUGCUUUUACCUUUGAAUAUUCUGGAAAUCCUCUACUGCCAACCGAAAUUUCGGAUUACAGAAACAUUUAUCACUCCAAAUGGCAUACGCGAAAAUCUGCUUUGUACGUUAGGUGUUCUUUUAAUGAUCCUUGCAAAUGUGGGCUAUGUAUCUAUUAAUAGUUACAUUCCUGGCAAUGAUGAAAUAAGUGACAUCAUACAUUCAUUUAUUUGUACCGAUGCAGCAUUUUACAUUGUAUACUGUCUAUUAAUGUACGCCAUGAACAUAAUAUAUAAAAACCAAAUUGUGCAACUCAUUAUUAAAAUGCAGAAAGCUUAUAGAGUACUCCAAAAUGAAAAUGGCUUGAGAAGAUUCCAAAAGAGCAACUGGAUCUUUGUUGUUGCUGUAUUCCUUUUCUAUUUCACGUACAAUUUAAGUUACACAAUCUUUAAUAUUUACCGAGUAACACAUCUUUUAUAUGACGUAGUUUUAUUCUAUUUUGACGUGAACAUUAUUGUCGCUAUACGGAUAGUAAAGUUUUUGGAAUAUGAGCUAAUACUUUGGAAAAAAGAAUUGAAUAAAUUUUUGAAAACUUGUUCGACGACGAAUCACAACCAGCUUGUUAAAUACUUGGUAAAUGUCAGUUAUGAAGAAAGACGACUUUUAAGCGCUUAUUCAAACAUUAUUGGAGCCUUUAGGCUAUGCGCCAAUGUUUUUGGCAUGUCUGUAAGUAACUUUUUACUGCAUUUUAUCGUGGUGUGUCAAAAGUUCUACUUGGCCGUAGCAGAUGUGGAAAGUACCUGCGCGGUAAUACGCUGCGAUGAGGGCUGCCUUGGAUCGAUAUCAGUCCAACAACUGCAUUUUUUUUACUUUUCAGUUUCCGCGCAUCGUCUCUCCAAGAAUGUCCAACGUUUUGGCGCAUGUGUAGGAGCGAGAAACAUGAUGCGCCCUUUCAACUUGGUGUCCAUCGGCGCUGCAACACCGCUUCACAUGCUGACGGUGCUUGUUACCUAUACUGUAGUAAUACUGCAGUUCGCAUUUCUGUAGACCAUAUUAUGUUCUCUACACGGUUGCAAGAAGGACUUUGGCCAGGGUUACCUUGUUUGGUAGUUCGUUACUAGACUCGCUGAUAAAAAUCUGGUACUACCUUCUAAAAUAGCUUGAUCACCUCGGGCUAAAGGCUUGUUUAGUUUUAAAAUAUAUUAACUUUACUAGGAUAUCCAUUUCUAAUACUGGGUAAAACACAUUUCUUCUGUGAAAAGUACUAAAAAUGGAUCCCGCCUGUAGUAAAAAUACAACGUAAAAAUAGCUUUUUCUCAUUAUAGCAUAGGCGACUUUGCCGGAUAAAAAAUAAGUCCCGAAGUGGGUAGUUUAUCAAUCAAUCACAAAUUCUAAAGUUAAGGACAUUACAGCCUCGAAUUCAGAACUGCAAUGUUGCAUAUAUACAAAUUCCAUUAUCUUUUGAAUUUCAGACUUAAAAAAAGUUGAAAUGGCUAUAUCAAAUGAACGCAUAGGUCUAUUAAACAGCCGAACAGAUGAUCCACUAGGUAAUUAUUAUUAUAAUGUUGGUACCGCGACUAUUUAGCUGUCUCAAAUUGGAGCCCUUUGUUUGGCAUAAUUUAAACGUUAACUUCUCAGGAUUAUCGUAAGGUUAUCCUAUAGAUAGGUUAGGAUAGGUUUGUUUUACGGCAAUCCUGAAAAGUUACGUGUUUCUGAGAAAAAAACAAACUAAGUAUGAAUAGUGAAAAUGCGGACAAACAAUACAUUAGAGACCCGUCUUAAAUAACAUUGUACACUUAGGUAUGUAUUUUAAAAUACAAUAAAAAGCGCCCAAGCUAUUUUUUUCAAUUGUUUUCCUUUUUUCUGUGAAAAUAUAUACGUAAGAACGUUGCUUCUGUAAAAUAUUUUUAUUAUAUUUAUUUUCCUUGCACCAUUUUUGAGAAAAACGGAAGGCUACUUGCUGGCUUCGGAUUCAAUUAAGCAGAGACUUCCAAGGUCGUCCGUUUAAAAUAAAUCCUCAGCCUGCAAGUUUGUAGCUACUUUCGAGUCUCAUCAAUAAUGUACUUUUGAUGAUUGAUAUGAUGCUGGAAAGACGUGAACGAGUUAAGGAUACAAUAAAAUGUAUAUACCUUACUAAAGCUUACCUUGGAGAGUAGUUAAUAUUUCACUUUGUUUCCGUAUGUACAAG